GUGUUAGUAGACUUGACGCAGACAGCCGCUUUCUGUAAAAGGAAGGAAAGGGAAAAAAUAAUAAGUAAAAAAGGAGAAGAAGAAGAAAACGAAGGGGAAAAGGUCAUUUUCCAGUGUGGAGAGACGCUUCAUACCACAACUGGACCAUGUGGAAAGAUCUGAAGAUGGUUUUGUCAACAGCUUCCAUUAUCUUUCUUUUGUCUGCCAUCAUUCCAGCCACCCUUUGUGCGAAAGUUCUGAUUUUUCCACAUGAUGGCAGCCACUGGGUGAACAUGAGGGUCCUUGCUAAGGAGCUGCAUUUCAGAGGACACUCUGUGACAGUCAUUCGUGCUGCAGACAGCUGGUACAUCGAUGAAGUAUCUCUGUAUUACAGUGCAAUCACAGUUGAUGUUGCUGUUGGUGGAAAUGAGGACUUUUUCCAUCUCUUUGUCUCCGAGGUUAUUAAAAUCAAACGAAGCAAGGGGUCUGCAUGGGCUCGCUUUGCUUUAGACAUGGAGUUAAAAAAUAAGUUCUUUGAAUUACACAAAAAUAUUUGUGAAAUGGUCGUGUACAUGUUUGAAAAUAAAGAGAUGAUGAAGUCCCUUCAAGAAGCCAAAUAUGAUGCCGUUUUGACAGACCCUGCUAAUGGAGGCGGUGUUUUCUUGGCUCACUACCUUGGCUUGCCAUUAGUGUUAAAUACUCGCUGGACUAUUCAUGGGGAGGGACAUUUUGCAAUUGCACCCUCCCCUCUUUCCUACGUCCCACUUCCACCUUCAGAACUAACAGAUCAAAUGACAUUCUUUGAGCGAGUGAGAAACUUAAUUUUUUACGCCAUGAGGAUGCAUCUGUACAAGCAGAUAGUUGGGCCACAUUACUCUGCACUGUCCAGCCGCUACUUUGGCUCAGAUGUGGACUACUUCUCUCUGUUUCAAGCUGCAGACCUGUGGCUCAUGAGGGUGGAUUUUGUGUUUGAGUUUCCUCGACCCACAAUGCCUAAUGUUGUGUAUAUGGGAGGGUUCCAGUGCAAACCUGCAAAACCUCUGCCCCAGCAUUUGGAAGACUUUGUGAAUAGUUCUGGAGAGCAUGGAUUUAUAAUCAUGUCUCUGGGGACUUUGAUUGGAGAGCUGCCUUAUGAAUUAGCAGAUGAAUUUGCUGCUGCUUUUGCAAAAUUACCCCAAAAGGUAAUUUGGAAGUAUAAAGGAGACAAGCCUGCCUCCCUUGGCAACAACACUUUAGUGGUUGAUUGGAUACCACAGAACGACCUUCUAGGCCAUCCAAACAUUAAGUUAUUUAUAAGUCAUGGAGGAACAAAUGGGAUUUAUGAAGCUAUUUAUCAUGGAGUUCCAAUUGUGGGUAUUCCCUUUGUAUUCGAUCAAGUCGACAACCUCUACAGACUGAGAGCUAAAGGUGUUGCACAAGUUUUGGAUGUUUCAGAUAUAGACAGAAAAAUGUUUCAGAGGGCCAUAGAGGAAGUCCUGAAACAGCCUUCUUAUAGGAUGAACAUGCAAAGACUCUCAAAGCUGCACAAAGAUCAGCCAAUGAAGCCACUGGAUCGAGCCCUCUUCUGGAUAGAGUUUGUCAUGAGACAUAAAGGUGCGGCUCACCUUAGAACUGAGUCUUUCAGAAUGCCCUGGUAUUCCUACCACUCUGUAGAUGUCAUAAUGUUUUUAGUAACAGUUGCUGUACUUCUGGUUAUGUUUUUCACUGGGUUGGCAUGGUUCUGUUUUAGCUUGUGUUUGAAAAGAAAAAAAAAAUCUGACUAGCAAGACAAAUAUUUUUCAUAUUUGUAGAUACUGAUACACCAAAGCAAACAUUUUAAAGGUAUUUAUUGUUGUGGUUCCUUGCUGGUUUUAUAUAUGUAUUGUAUUUUCUUUUUUUUACUGUAUGCUAAAUUAUGAGUUGUUAAACCUCAGAUAAUAAGACUUGUUCCAUCUAGCCUACACUCUGGUACAAUACAAUUAAACUUUCCCAUGAACUCUGUCCUUUAAAAUGUCAUUUCAAAUGUCUAAUAAAACAGUAGUUACCAUUAUAAA